CCGAACCCAUCCAGCCAGCAGAAAAUGUGUUGCAGGCCAAGGCAACACACAAGGCAGACGAAACGGAAAAGACACAGCGCAACCGAGCCCGUGUGCAGAGCGUGUGUGCCUGUGUUUGUGUGUGUGUGUUCGUACGUUGUGUAGCCAAGGGUGGGUAGAGUUAGGCCGCCAUUCGUAAAGGGAAAGCUGCUAAUUUUCCUGCCGCCCAGAAGUACAACAACCGGAGUCGGACGCAGCAAAAACAAUCGAUUUCAACUCCGGUCCCAGUCUCGAGUGUGUGUAUGUGUGUUGGUACGUGCGGGUGCCUGUGCAUGUGUGCUGUAGAACAGUGGUAGAGUUCCAGUUUUGAGCAAAACCACCGUCUCCUACGCCAAGACACUGCCGUGCCUGUUCCGUGCUUGUAACCGUUGUCCGCCUGGGAAAGAGUGUGGAAAAGGAAAUCGCUCACAGUGAGUCCGUGUGUGUGUGUGUGUGUGUGUGUGUGUGUGUACCAAACAAAAAAAAACAAGCGCACCUAUUCCACCAUUUGGAGCAUUCGUGAGCCGCAAACCGAAACAAACAACUCGACGACGUGUCACAAUCAACCGUCUCUCACACCGAUCAAAAAUUCAGCGAAAGAAAUCUUCCACCGCAGCGCGGCUGGCUGGCUGGUGGCACGGUGGUACCAUGUGAGGAUGUGCAUUGCCAGCACCGCCAGAGCAGUCCACUCGAACGCCGACCAGCUGCAGCUUGCACGGGGUUGCACCACCGCUAGGUUAAUCUGUUAAUCGUGCUUGCUGUGUAAAUCCCUGCCUACUACUGCGACCGAUUGCGAAAAGAAGAAUUUCCCAUUGUUGUGUGGGUGUUUGUGUGUGUGUGUGUGUCUACAAUCAAACGUUUUCCCGUGAUUUAUCGGCCAGCAGUAAAUGGGUGCGCGCGAUGCUGAAGAUACAGAUCCAUCAUCAACUGGCUAUGCUUAGCCGCUCACUGUUGAGGCAGUAAAGGAAACGUGCAAUUCGCACCCACUACUACUACUACAACUGCUGCUGCAGCAUCACAUUUCCACUGCACACGAGUGUAUGCUGUUGUAACUAAUAUUAAGUCAAUUCGAAAUACGACCCGUGCACGCGUUUGCACCAACGGGAACCACCUUUACGCCGGGCCGGAAAAAACACCAAUGGUGUUGCUAGCUGCGCCAGUGAGACAUUGAACACAACGGCGGCGUUCAAAGCAGCGAAGCAGCAGCAGCACCACCUGAACCUCGGCCCGCACCGAACGAUUAGCGCCUGCCGACUAGUUGCAGUCCCUCCCAAGGCGGCAAGAUGAAGCAAAUCAACGUAUCGGUGGUGGGUCUGUCGGGCGUGGAAAAGGACAAGGGCCAGCUCGGGGUCGGCAAAUCCUGUCUGUGCAAUCGGUUCGUGCGCCCCAAAACAGACGACUACGCGAUCGAUCACAUUUCGGUACUGAGUCAGUCGGAUUUUAGCGGCCGGGUGGUGAACAAUGACCACUUCCUGUACUGGGGCGAGGUGCGCAAAACGUCCGAGGAGGGCGUGGACUACAACUUUAGCGUGAUCGAGCAGACCGAGUUCGUGGACGAUGCCACCUUCCAGCCGUUCAAGGUCGGCAAGAUGGAGCCGUACAUCAAGCGGUGCGCCGCGAUCCGCAUGUCGUCGCAGGAGAAGCUGAAGUACAUCUGCAAGAACCAGCUCGGCAUCGAGCACGAGUACGAGGAGAUCGUCCUGCCCGAGGGCCGCUUCCUCGUCGACGGGUUCGUGUGCGUGUUCGACGUGAGCGUCGUGCCGAACCGGACGGUCGAGAAGCAGGUCGAGUUCGUGACGCAGAUCAUCAACAACAUCCUGAAGGUGAAGAAGCCGGUCGUGCUCGUCACGACCAAGAACGACGACGCGAACGAGCUGUACGUGCGCGAGGCGGAGAAGAUCUGCUCGCGCAAAGAGUACAAGGGCCAGAUACUGCUGAUCGAGACGUCCGCCCACGAGAGCAUCAACAUCGAUCUCGCGUUCGUCGUGCUGGCGCAGAUGAUCGACAAGGCGAAGCAGCGGUCGAAGGUGCCGUCGUACGCGGAGGCGGCCAAGCAGCGGAACGAUCUGCUGAACGCGAGCACCGAGUACGUGACGCGCCUGAUCCGGACGCAGAUCACCGACCACCGGUCGAUCUGGAGCAGCUCGUCGAAGAAGCUGUCGAACCACCGGGAGUGGAUCGACUUUCUCGAGCUGUUCGGGCAGGAGGCGGGCCAGCGCAUCUUCCGCCGGCACAUCAAGAAGCUGCGCGAGGACUACCAGUCGAAGAAGCUGCAGAGCUACAUGGACUCGUUCGCGUGCGUGCUGCAGGAGAUGCUGCCCGACAUCAACAGCAUCAACCUCGAGCUGGACAGCUUCAACGACUGGGCCUCGAUACGGAGCUACUUUCGCGAUCACAUCGACUACGAGCAGUACUUUUUCGACGCGAUCGAGCGCGGCGGCAGCUGGGCCGAGCUGAGCGACAUGAGCGACAUGGAGGACGAGAACCGGAUACCGUUCGACAUACUCGACACGCCCGAGGCGGAAACCGUGUUCAAGAAUCACAUGAACGCGCUGCAGCAGGAGCAGAAGCGAUUAGAGAUGCCAAAGAGAUGGAAAAAGCAGUUCAAAAAGCUGCUGGAAGAAACCGGCUACGUUACGCCGGGCAAGCAGCUGUCCGAGGUGCGCGUCCUGUUUAUGGGACGCGAGUGCUUCGAAGCACUGUCCGAGCACGACUGCCAGCAGAUCUACGACAACCACCAGCGGGAGCUGGUCGAGACCGCUAAGCACAACUUCCAGGAGCUGCUGAUGGAGCAUGCCGAUCUGUUCUAUCACUUCAAAAACAUCGAACCGUCCGGUACGAUCACGCAGAACGACAUCAAGGAGAUAACGGACGUGCUGCAGGAGGACCUGCGGUACAAGCUGCUCGACCGGCUCGACCAGGACCGGAAGGUGAUGCUGUUUCAGCAUCUCGGCUUCGUGCACUGUCCGAUCCGGGAGCACUGUCCGGCGUUUCCCAACUGCAUGGAUGCGCUGAUCGAGCGGAUACUGAUCUCGAACCAAAACCUCCCGAAUCCACGGUUCGCGCAGAAGGAUGGCCAGCUGCAGCUGAACCUGAUCGUGAUCGGGCUGGACUACAUCGCGAACGAUUUCAUUGACAAGAUACACCAGAACUGCAACGACAACGGCGAGUACAUCGUGGACGGGCAGGUGUACGGGCUGAACAUCGAGACGAUCAACCGCGACAACGACUCGUUCUCUUUCGAGCUGCAGUGCAAGGGGCUGAUCUGCUGCUACUCGAACCGGCAAACGUUCCAGUAUGUGUACGAGGUGCUCGACCGGCUGCUGGUGGACAAUCUCGACUUCAAGGACAGCGUCAACAACCUGCACAUCGUGUUCAUGAGCGACGAGAAGAACAGCCAGAGCACGCUGCACCAGCUGCAGGCGGACGGCCAGUCGCUGGCGGAGAAGCUGCACUGCGUCUUCAUUGACGAGAACGAGUUCUACAUCUCCCAGCAGCAGACGAAGUUCAUCAACACGACGCUGAACAGCGUGAUCGACUCGAUCCCGUUCGAGGAUCUGAAGUACGGCCUCGCCCUGCACGAGCUGCCCGACCUGCGCAUCAUCAUGUCGAUCUUCUGCGGCGACCCGUUCUCGAUCGAGAACAUACUCAGCUCGAUGAUGCUGGAGCAGUCGUGCAUCAGUGCGGGCGAGCGCAACAUCAUCUUCGAGAUGUUUCUCGGCGACUCGAAGCGGCGGGUCGAGCUGAUCCUCUCCUCCUACCACGGCGCGAACGCGUUCCGGGACGAUCUGAUCCACGGCUUCAUACUGCUGUACUCGAGCAAGCGCAAGGCCUCGCUGUCGACGCUGAGCGCGUUCUCGCUCAACAUUCCCAACCUGCCGAUGCAGAUCGUGGCCGUGUCGGAGCAGGGCGGCGUCAAUGCGUUCUUCAACAGCGAGCUGUCCCAGCUGCUAAUCACCGAGGGCAACGGGAUCGCGGACAAGCUGCGGGCCCACUUCGCCACCGGCUCGGACGACGAGGGCCAGCUGAAGUUCGCCUCGUUCGCGCCGUUCCUGAAGGAGGUGUGGGACAAGAAGCCGGAGAUCGAGCACGCGUUCAACCUGGAGGAGCCGCUGACGAUCGAUUCGGGCGAGGGCACGAUGGAACACUCGAUGCACCACCACCACCAGCAGCAGGUGCCGCAGCCACCGCCCCGGUAUGAAAGCUACCUCAUCAACGGGUCGGCCACCACGUACCGCGGCGGGAUCGGGGGCCAACCGCCGCACCACGGGCACCAUGGGUCGCAGGCGCAGCAGCAGCAAACGCUCGCCCAUCCGCCGCAGCACGGUGGCCAGCAGCAUCACCAGAAGCUGUCGCAGCAGCUGUUCGACAACCGCUCGAUCAACUCGCUGGACGAUCUCGACAGCCUGAAGCAGCAGGCGCAGCAGGCCCAGCAGCUCCACCAGCAGCAGCCGCACCAGCACAGCAGCAUGUACUACUACGAGGACAGCAGCGACUUCGACAAGGGCGGCAGCAAUCAGGGCUUCCAGAUCUAUCCGCCGCCGACGACGCCGCCGGAACCGGCCCCGCCGGACCACCUGCUCAUACCGGCGUCGAUACUGCGGCAGCUGAAGGCCGACACGGUGUCCCAGUCGCAGUCGAGCCUGGAGGAGAUUAACUCUGACGUCAGCGGAUCCAAGGACUCGAUCAACACUUACGACUCAGGCUGGAUAGACGACGGGUUUCUCAUCCAGAAGCAGGACAACAAGCAGAGCGAAGAUCUCUGGAAGAACAUGAACGCACACCACGCGUUCACGACCGGCCGCCGGCCGAACCAGUCGUCGUUCGCGAAAAAGAUACGCCCGAAGGGACCUAGUCAGACGCUGAAGCAGCCGGGCAAGCUGAACCUGAAAAGCUUCGCCAUCGUGAACGAAGCGAUCGCCCGCAUGAACAUCGGCGGCGGUGGCGGUGGCGGCGGCGGGGGAGGAGCAGGCGGCGAUGGGGGCGCCUCGGGCGCGAACGCCGGCCUGGCACCGAUGACGGAGAAGGAGCGCAAGAAGGCAAAGAAGCUGCUGCAGCAGCAGCAGGCCCAGCUCGAGCAUGCGCCGCUGGCCGCACCGGAGGACGACAGCGAGGAGUACGAGGACGAGGCGGGCUACGAGCAGAUCAAUGACGCGUUCAGCGAUGCGGUCAACAAUGUGGCGAGUCAAUUAUUUACCACCUUUUCCGGCGGCCCCGGUGCCAACCAUGGCGGGCGCGGUGGGUGUGGCGGCGGCGGUGGAGCGGACAGUUCGGGCGGUUCCGAGAUGGGGACGCACAAAACCAAACUGCGACAGAGAAGGGAAAAGGAACAGAUCUUCAACAUACAAGAAAACUCCGACUCGGAAAGUGAUUCGAGCUCGCUGGAGCGCAAACGCUCCAACGAUGGCUACUCGAAGAUCAACCGCAAAGCGCAACCGCACAAACGGCAUCGCAAAAAACGCACCGCCAUCCCGGUGCAGCCGCCCAAGAUCCCGCUCGGCCCGUUCGGCUCGUCCGCGGGCGAUAUGAUGGGCGGGGUCGGGGCGAGCGGCGGCCCACUCGGCGGCAUGCCCAUCAUGUACCAGAAGCUGAAGAACGAGCUGGGCAGCGGGCUGGAAAAGCAGGACAAACCGUCCCAGGAGCCGGACGAAUCAAGCGUUGACAUCUCAUCCCCGCGCGACAACUCUCCUAUCUUUGGCGUGCUGCCGAAGGGAAGCGAUCGGGAAAAGCUGAUCACGAAGCAGAAAAAUUGGUUCGGCAAGGAGAUCGACCCGGCCGGCAAGGCCAGCAAAGAGUCGAAGGACGCCCGGGGCAGCAGCAAGGGUGCGAGCAAAAACUCAAAACAUAAUGGCGCUGCGGCAGCGGCUGCAGCGGCGGCCGCAGCCGCUGCACUCCAGCAGUCCUCGCUGGCCAGCCUGAAGCAGUCCGACAAAGUGCCGCUCGUGCCGCUGUUCGUGGAGAAGUGCGUCAAGUUCAUCGAGCAGGAAGGGCUCGACUCGGAAGGCAUCUACCGGGUGCCGGGCAACCGCACGCACGUCGAUCUGCUGAACCAGAAGUUUGCUGAAGAAUCGGAUGUAGAUAUAGAAAAGCUGGACAUACCGGUGAAUGCGGUCGCCACCGCACUGAAGGACUUCUUCGUGAAGCGUCUCAAGGGGCUGUUCAGCGCGGAAAUGAUGAGCGAGCUGGAGGAAAUAGCCGGCUCCCGGCCGCUCCAGUCCAUCACGAGCCUUAACAUGGAGGUGAAAACGGAUCGGAGCUGCCGGCUGAUCGCACUCCGCGGGCUGCUAAACAAGCUGCCGCCAAACAACUUUGCAAUACUGAGCUACAUCUUCCAGCAUUUUGUACGUGUAUCGGAAAACUCGAAGCUCAACAGCAUGGACAGCAAAAAUUUGGCCAUCUGUUGGUGGCCGACACUGCUGCCGAUCGAGUUCACCGACAUGAUGCGGUUCGAAACGAUGCGCCCGUACUUGGAGGACAUCGUGCAGACGAUGAUCGAUCAGUAUCCGUUCCUGUUCUGCGGCGAGGAAGCGUUCGUGAUGGUCUGAUGCGAGUAAGAGCGGCCCGCCAGCACCGUGUCAGCCGUGUCGGGAGGCGGGCAGAACGCUCGUAUUUAGAUGUUGUGCAGAGUUUGCACCUGACGGUGUGCCUCCCUCCCCCGAUUGCUGAUGGAGGGGAGGAUGAGCGCUUGUUUGGGUGUUGACUUCCAACUCACAAGAGGGAAACUCACGCGUACACACACAGUAUUUGAGAAUGAGGGGGAGGAAAACAAAAGUCCGAAAGGACAAGUCAAUAUUGUAACUGAAAAAAUACCCACACAUACACACACACAUGCAGACGUACACACCAACACAUACUUAAAGCAUCAUAGGCUAGUUGAGGAAAUGUGCUAAACACCAAUCACUUGCAUUACUGCAACUCAUAGGAAAAACAAAAAAAAAAACAAAAAGCACGCGAAGGGUUCAGUCGCGUACCCAACUCGUUGAAUGAUACAUGUUAGGGCAAAUGAAUCGGAAAGGAAGCGAGAGAAGAAACCAAGAAGCUACCCAUAUACUCAUACUUAUUGGUACAACCGCAUACAAUAUUUUAAACCAUACUCGUAUCAAUGUGUAACGAAACCAAUGUCCAUGCGAUAAUGAUGGAUGCAUUUAGCAAAAGGAAAGCGAAUGGAAGACAGCAUGCAAGCAACAGAGAGAAAAGAAAAAACGCAAGCAAACAAUGAUUGUUGUACAUCUUAAAGAACCUUUCCUUCGAGACGCUGAAAAAAACGAAGAGGAAAAAAA